AUGUCAUUGACCAGCUCACCUUCAUCACCCCGACCCAUCCAUCAGCGACAACUGUCCUCAUCGUCACCUUCACAUUCAACUCCUCUCCACGGUCUCUCUCAGUCAGCCGCCUCAUCAAGCUCAUCGUACUCAUGUCCUAGAUUCAGAUCAUACACUCUGAAUAGUACCACAACCGGCUCUAGUACUAACGGAAACGGAUCACCGACGAAAAAUGGAUAUUUCACGAAAUCAGAACCUACCAGUCCGAAUGGCAGGGUGGUUAUAAAGGGAUUAACACCGAUAGGUAAUAUAAAUGGAAUACAGUUGGAUCAAUACAAGUCGCAACCCCAGCCUCAACCUCAAGCUAGAUACGGUGCAUCUCAGAAUGGGUUGAUGGGUCCACCUACAAAUAUACCGUCUUCAUCACAUCCUCACCAAAUACAACAUUCACAUUCACAUUCUCUUCCUACUUCCGCAUCACAUCAAGCACCUAAUCAGAAUCAAGUACCUAUGCAAAUCACUCAGAGACACCAGCAACAGCAACAGCAACAUGCAGGACCCUCGCGUUCGACUACCAUUCCCAUCCCCAUACUUGUGCCCGGCCACAGUGCAGGUGUGCGACCCUCUUACAAUCCGAUAACAUCCACUGCGCCAUUUGCAAAAUACAAAGGUCGACAAAUCCCUGCUAAACCCAAACAUAACGUAUAUCCAAUCACAUACAGAAAUGGGAAUGGGCAUGUUGCAGGAGAAGAUUCAGGUAUAGAUUCCGAUGCGACUGUUAGACCAGGUAGGAAUAAAGGUAGUUUGAGUCAGCCUGAUUUGACUGCAUUGAGAUCAAGGAGGUUGGAAGGAUGGACCGAGGGUCUGCGAGCUGGUAGUGGGAGACCUAGUCAGGUACAACCUAUACCCAUCAGUCAAGGUCAAGGUCAAAGAGUAGAACAUACAGAAGGCAUGUCUAGUGGGAAUGGAGACAUUAAAAGAAGACCAUCAAAUACUCGAACUAAAACACCUUCAUCUACCAACAAACCUUAUGGCUCUGCUCAAACUUCGACGGAUCUCAAAGAAAGUUGGUUACCUGCUUCUCCUACUCAUUCUCGCUCUCAUUCCUCGCAAUCUCUCUCUUCCCUCAGUAGGAAAUCACCCAGCACUUCACCUAGAAGUACACCAUUGAACUUUCCGGUCAUGUCACCUAUCACCCCUUCUGGACAGACUCAACUGUAUUCUUCAUCAGAGGACGAAGGUCCCCCUACUAUGUUUUCCACCAACAAACCUCCUUCCGGGCUCGGACCGUUUAUACCGUUAGAUAGGGAUAAUACGUCUUCUUCAGGUGGAGAAGCAGAUGAUGAUUAUUCACAUUCACCAUCAUCUGGUUCAGGAUCAGGAUCAAUAACGUUCUCCCCUAAACGGACGAAAUUCAAAUCUUCUUCAUCGGGAGGAUUGAGGAAUAGGUUCUUGGGUGAUAAGAGAUAUUCGCCUACGAGCAAUAGUAGUACCAGUGUUAGUAGUAGUACGGGAUUAGGAUUGACUCUAAACGAUAAUGCUAAUAACACUAUCGGGACUGGGACUGAAACGGAUAUGGACUUGGAUGUUGACGAAAAUAGGACGAAUUCACCUGAUCAAUUGACAGAUGGAAUGUCAAGGUCAAGUCGCGGAGUAGGAGUGAAUAUAUUAGAUAAAUUGGAAAAUAUCUUUCAGAAGUCUACAUUGCUACCCUUGCGAUUAUUGGCCAUUAUACCCUCCCUAUGGGGUAUAUGUGUUCUGAUCGAGGCUCUGGUCACUGGAGGAUUAUGGGUGGAUGUAUGGCCUUGGGGAGUGGACCUCACGAGGGAAGCGUUGGAGAGACUCGUAGCUGGAGGAGAGGGUAGUCCAGGUGAGUGGAGAAAGAUAGAUAGAGGUGAUGUGGGACUUUGUGUCGCAUGGGCAAUUUGUACCGCUCAUUUCUGUUUCUCUUUAACCACCGGCCUGACUCACCGAUGGCGUUCUUACUACUCUUUGCCAUCCACUAUCACCCGCUUGGUCUCACUCCAAUGUCUAUGUUGGCCCGCUACCUAUCUCACUUUAUGGUUCCUUGGUGUCGAUAGAUUAUUGCUAUGUUGGGUAGUUAUAGGAGUGACGACAGGUUGGUCUAGAACUGUACAAAUGUGGGUGACGUCCAAUGUCAUCCCCCCGCCUCCUCGACCGACCGAUCUGGACGAAUUUGCGGCUGGUGGUGCGGGUGAUAUAACACCAAAUCUAAGGAAGAUGAAUAUUGGUCCUCCGGAGAUACCUGAGGGUCUGAGUACAUGGGAAGCAUUUAGAUGGGGUAGGAAAUGGGAUUGGGAUAAUGUAGCGAGGGAGGUGGGCUGGAAAGUUGGUGGGUUGUUGUUGGUCACUUGUGCGUGGUUAUUCUGGGGUAUAGAAAAGGGAACGAGAGUGAGGAUAUAA